AGCAGCAUCCGCGRCCCAGGAAUCCUAGCUGCGGCCUGGGCAAGCCGGGGCCUGGGCGGCCGGCGUGGGGCUGCCCGCCUGGCCUCCAGGUAGGCUGGGCCGCGGCCCGGACCGCGCCGGGCGCCCAUAAGAGCCUCCUUGACUUCUAAAGAAAAUGGCAGAAACAUCACCACAGCCUUCUGAACAGCUUGUUGUUCACUCAGAUACUCACAGUGACACUGUCCUGGCCAGUUUUGAGGAUCAGAGAAAGAAAGGCUUUCUCUGUGACAUUACUUUAAUUGUGGAGAAUGUGCAUUUCCGGGCCCACAAAGCCUUACUUGCUGCUAGUAGCGAAUAUUUCUCAAUGAUGUUUGCAGAGGAGGGGGAGAUUGGCCAGUCCAUUUAUAUGCUGGAAGGCAUGGUUGCAGACACCUUUGGCAUCCUGCUAGAAUUUAUCUACACAGGUUAUCUCCAUGCUAGUGAGAAAAGUACAGAACAAAUCCUGGCUACUGCUCAGUUCUUAAAAGUCUACGACUUGAUAAAGGCUUAUACAGACUUCCAGAAUAAUCAUAACUCCCCAAAGCCAACAACUUUGAACAGAGCUGGUACUCCAGUCGUUGUUAUUUCUAAUAAGAAAAAUGAUCCUCCAAAACGGAAACGGGGAAGACCAAGAAAAGUCAAUAGUUUGCAGGAAGGGAAAUCAGAACAGGCUGCAGAGGAGGAAAUCCAGCUAAGAGUGAACAAUUCGGUUCAGAAUAGACAAAACUUUGCGGUUAAAGAAGGAGACAAUGGUGUACUGAAUGAACAGAUUCCAGUAAAAGAAAAGGAAGGAUCUGACCCUGCUUGUGAACCAGGUAGAAUGGAGGAGAUGCCCACUGAAAAAGAUGAGAACUGUGAUCCCAAGACCCAGGAUGGGCAGGACCACCAGAGUAGAUGCAGCAAGCGGAGGAUUCGGAGGUCUGUCAAACUUAAAGAUUAUAAACUUGUUGGGGAUGAAGACGACCAGGCUUCAGCCAAGAGGAUAUAUGGAAGGAGAAAGCGCCCCAGUGGUCCUGAGGCCCGCUGUAAAGACUGUGGCAAAGUCUUUAAAUACAAUCACUUUUUAGCAAUCCAUCAGAGGAGCCACACAGGGGAGCGACCCUUCAAAUGUAAUGAGUGUGGAAAAGGCUUUGCCCAGAAGCACUCUUUGCAGGUCCACACCAGGAUGCACACAGGCGAGCGGCCAUACACCUGCACCGUGUGCAGCAAGGCCCUGACCACCAAGCACUCACUGCUGGAGCACAUGAGCCUGCACUCAGGACAGAAGUCUUUCACCUGUGAUCAGUGUGGAAAGUAUUUCAGCCAGAAAAGACAACUAAAGAGUCAUUACCGAGUUCAUACAGGCCACUCAUUACCGGAAUGCACCCACUGUCAACGCAAAUUCAUGGAUGUGUCUCAGCUAAAGAAACAUCUACGAACACACACAGGUGAAAAGCCAUUUACUUGUGAAAUCUGUGGCAAGUCUUUCACAGCAAAGAGUUCUCUUCAGACCCACAUCAGAAUUCAUCGAGGAGAAAAGCCAUACUCCUGUGGCAUCUGUGGCAAAUCCUUCUCUGACUCCAGUGCCAAAAGGAGACAUUGCAUCCUGCACACAGGCAAAAAGCCUUUCUCCUGCCCAGAGUGUAACUUACAGUUUGCUCGCUUAGACAACUUGAAGGCUCACUUGAAAAUCCACAGUAAAGAGAAGCAUGCAUCAGAUGCCAGCAGUGUUUCUGGUAGUAGUAGUAGUACAGAAGAGGUCAGAAAUAUUCUUCAGCUACAGCCAUACCAGCUCUCUACCUCUGGAGAGCAGGAGAUUCAGCUUCUGGUAACUGAUUCUGUACAUAACAUCAAUUUCAUGCCUGGUCCUAGUCAGGGAAUCAGUAUCAUGACUGCUGAGAGUUCCCAGAACAUGACCGCAGACCAGGCUGCUAAUCUCACCCUGCUCACACAGCAGCCAGAGCAACUGCAGAAUUUAAUUCUUUCAGCUCAGCAGGAGCAAACAGAACACAUUCAAAGUCUCAAUAUGAUUGAAAGCCAGAUGGAGCCCUCACAGACAGAGCCAGUGCAUGUAAUUACACUGUCCAAGGAAACCCUGGAACAUCUUCAUGCCCAUCAAGAGCAAACAGAGGAGCUCCAUUUAGCAGCAAGUGCUUCAGAUCCAGCUCAGCACCUGCACCUGACUCAGGAGCCUGAAUCACCACCACCUACUCACCAUGUGCCCCAGCCCACUCCACUUGUCCAGGAGCAAAGCUGACCUCUGAACAUGUUUGACUGCUCCAGCUAUAGCAGGAUGGUAAAUGCUUGAAAUCAGGCUCUCUGAGCUGACAACUUAGGUUCUUAAAGAGAUGUGAUAGCCAUAAGACGUUUAUAAUGUGCUCUGUCUGGGCAGCUA